AACAUACUAAAUCAUCAGUCAGCCACCAACAUUUACAACAAACUUUCAGUCUAUUUUCUCCUUCUUUCGCAUUUACCACUUCAUUCUUAUAUUGUUUUGGCUUUUGCAUUAUCGAACAACAAUGAAGAAAUUUUCUAUUGUAGCUCACAUGUCUCUACUUUUCGGAAUUUUCUUCAUCAUACUAAUGAUUGGUAGAAGUCUUGAUGUAACAACUCGCUGGGAUCACAUGAGCUACAAUGCAGAAGAUGCUCACAGAACAGAUGGCAGUUUAAGGCAAGAGGAGGAAAAGGCUAAAGAAGUACUUGGUAUGGAGUUAUACCCUACAGGAUCCAGCCUCCCAGACUGCUCCCAUGCAUGUGGACCAUGUUUUCCGUGCAAAAGGGUGAUGGUGAGCUUCAAAUGCUCUGUUGCGGAGUCAUGUCCAACUGUCUACAGAUGCAUGUGUAAAGGGAAAUAUUAUCAUGUUCCAUCCAAUUGAAUUGAGCAAAAACUCAAUCUGGAGGAAUUUGCAGCAAAGAACAAAGCAAUUAAUGUUUGAGUCAGCAGUAAGAACUGAUAUGGCGACUAUGGAAGUAUUAUAAUCUGAGACUACAGUCUCUUUAUUUCAUUGUAUCGAGAUCAUUCUGUAGGAGAAAUAGCUGAGGCAACAAAUUUUCAAGCACAGGAAGUUCAAAUAGGAAGUUAGAACUUGGUUCUUUUUU